AUGGUGUACCUAUAUCUAAGAGAACUUUUCUACUUGAUUAAAAUCCGAAAGUUAGAAACAGUUAACAGAGGUACAAUUUUUGAUAUUUUCCAAUUCAUAGAACAUUUGAAAGAAAAACGUGAAAGACGUUUGCCUGGACUCAUUCAUGCUUUUCUAAAGGAUGCUAACCAUCAAGUUAUUAGCAAUCGUGGAGAUCAUUUUGAUUGGAAUUGGAAGAAAGUUGGUAAUCAUUUACUUUUAUCUCAUUGGGAGGAAGAGUUAAUGGAGUUUUUCGACUCCAUGAUGUCUCAUAUUGUAAUGCUCCAUAAUGUUCGUUCAGCCCAAAAUCAGAAAGUUUUAGAUAAAUAUCUUGCUGAAAAAUACAAGAUUUUCCUUGAGCAGAAAGAAAAUCUUCCUUUUAGAGACCACAUUUUUAGAUCUCGUUACAUGGAGCAGAUACUUCUCGGGAUCUCUCGUUAUGAUGACUUUGAUCUCGAGGACGUUAAAACGUAUAUUUGA